AAUAAAUCGUACGCUUUUUCACAUUUAAACCGUAAGGGCUUCCCUUGCCCUAAUUGAAGUUCCAUUCCCGUAGCUGCCGACUGUGAGGCUGUGAGCUGCGAUUUGCGAGUGAAAUCAGAGAGAGUCAGGCCUCCAAUUUCCUUUCAACCCGUUUCUUUGAGAAAUCUAUUCGAUUGAAUCGCCAUGGCGAGCACCAAAGUUCAGAGGAUUAUGACCCAACCCAUUAACUUGAUUUUCAGGUUCCUUCAAAGUAAAGCUCGAAUUCAAAUAUGGCUUUUUGAGCAAAAGGACCUGAGGAUUGAAGGCCGAAUCAUUGGCUUUGACGAAUAUAUGAAUUUGGUUUUGGAUGAUGCCGAGGAAGUCAACGUAAAGAAGAAGAGCAGGAAAACUUUAGGGAGGAUAUUGCUUAAAGGAGAUAACAUAACUCUGAUGAUGAACUCGGGGAAGUGAUGGUCAUUUUUGCACCCAUAUAAGAGACAGUGAAGUAGCCCCUUUCAUGAUGAAACUUGGAAGCCUUGUUGAUCAUAACAUAGAAUGUUUCUUAUACUCUAAAUUGCUUAGCUGUUUUUUGUACUUGCUUUAAAAGCAAUUAGAAUGUCAGCUUAUCUGAGAGAUAGCCAUUGCACUCGACUCAACCGGCUCUAAUGUUAUUGCUUAGAUCAUUGUAUUUAGUUUGCAUAUAUCCUCAACUCUAUGAUGCAUGCUAGAUAUUGCCUGUUGCUGAGCAUCUAUAUUGUGGAUUAAUUUGCACAGCAAGUGGAAAUUGGUUCUCGUUUAUCUUUAUAAACACUUAUUACUUUUGUCCUUCA